UUAUAUAUAUAUAUUUAUAUGCUGGUGGCUUGUGGUGAUGAUCUGUUUGGCACAUUCUUCUUCGUAUAUCUUUUCAAACAAGAAUCUAUCUCUCUCUCUCUCUUUCCAUAUCCUGUGGUGUAUAAACCAUCGUACCAUUCCACCGUGAAGCUUCUGCAACAUUAGAAGGUUUAUUCAGCUUUUCAAUUUUCCCAACAACACACUGCAAAAACUUACUGUAUAAUUACCCAUAAUAUAUAUAGACACAUAUAUGUGAAAAAACUGUAAAAGUCAACAUCUUGGUGGUGUAUUAAUAUAUAUAUAUAUAUAUAUUGUUUAUAGCAAGCCACAGAGAAGCUUCUUCAAUGGAGUUAGGAAGAGGCGUUAGCAAUGGAAACCAUGGGGACGGCGACAUUAUCAGGUGGUUCGAGGAGGUGACGGAGAACGCCGGCGAGGUUCAACGGGAAACACUUGGCCGGAUUCUCAAAGAGAAUUACGGAGUUGAGUAUCUGAAGAAAUGGAUUGGAGAAGAAGAAGAAGAAGAGAUGGUGAAGAGAAUACAAGAGAUGGAUAUAAAUGCAUUGGAAUCUCUUUAUACAUCUUUGGUUCCUCUUGCCUCCCAUGGCGAUUUAGAGCCAUUUAUUCAAAGAAUUGCAGAUGGGGACACCUCUCCUCUCCUCACUUCACAACCCAUACAAAAUCUCUCCCUCAGCUCCGGCACCACUGAGGGAAGACAGAAGUACGUACCGUUUACUCGGCAUAGUUCACAAACUACUCUUCAGGUUUUCAAGUUAGCAGCUGCCUAUAGAUCAAGGGCAUAUCCAAUAAGGGAAGGAGGAAGGAUUCUGGAGUUCAUAUACAGCAGCAAACAAUUCAAAACAAAAGGAGGAUUAACCUCUGGAACAGCCACAACUCAUUACUACUCGAGCGAAGAAUUCAAGAUCAAACAAGAACAAACCAAAGCCUUCACUUGCAGUCCAGAAGCCGUCAUCUCCGGCGGAGAUUACAAGCAAUCCACCUACUGCCACCUCUUGCUCGGCCUCUACUUUUCCCAUCAAGUCGAGUUCAUAACCUCCACUUUCGCCUACAGCAUCGUCCAAGCCUUCUCCACUUUCGAAGAUCUAUGGAGAGAAAUUUGCAGUGAUUUGAAAACCGGAAGUCUCAGCUCAAGAAUCACCAUUCUUAAAAUGAGAAAAGCUGUUUUAGAGAUUAUCAAGCCAAACCCACGUUUAGCUAUGGAGAUUGAAGAGAAGUUGGAGAUGGGAAAUGGUGAUUGGUUUGGUUUGAUUCCAAAACUUUGGCCAAACGUUAAGUACGUUUACUCAAUCAUGACAGGAUCAAUGCAACCCUACGCGAAAAAGUUAAGGUAUUAUGCAGGGAAGAUACCUUUGGUUGGUGCUGAUUAUGGGUCAACAGAGAGUUGGAUUGGAGUCAACGUUGAUCCUUGUUUGCCUCCCGAGAAAGUUACUUUUGCCGUCAUACCAACUUUUUCUUAUUUUGAGUUCAUACCACUUUAUAGGCCGGAAAAGGAAGACUAUUUUAAUGACAGUUCGCCGGCAGCCAUUGAUGACUUUGUAGAAGGUGAACCUGUUCCACUCUCGCAAGUCAAAGUUGGUCAACAGUAUGAAAUUGUCCUCACAACUUUUACUGGGCUAUAUAGAUAUAAAUUGGGAGAUGUAGUGGAAGUGGCUGGAUUCCACAACAAGACACCAAAAUUGAACUACAUAUGCAGGAGAAAGCUAAUAUUAACCGUGAACAUUGACAAGAACACAGAGAAAGAUCUUCAACUAGUGGUGGAAAGAGGGUGUCAGCUAUUAUCGAGCCAGACCCGAGCCGAGCUCGUAGAUUUCACGAGCCAUGCCGACGUGGUGAACCAACCGGGACAUUACAUAAUCUAUUGGGAGAUCAAAGGAGAAGUGGAAGAAAGGGUUUUAGGUGAAUGUUGUUGUGAAAUGGAUGCUUCUUUUGUGGAUCAUGGCUAUGUGGUUUCAAGAAGAAGCAACUCAAUUGGCCCUCUUGAACUUUGCAUUGUGGAAACAGGAACUUUUAAGAAGAUUUUGGAUUAUUUUAUAGGGAAUGGAGCAGCUCUGAGCCAGUUCAAGACUCCUAGAUGUACAACCAAUAAGGUUCUACUUACAAUUCUUAAUCUUUGCACCAUUAAAAGAUUCCGAAGCACUGCCUACGGCUGAUUAUGACCUGGGAAUCGCGAAUAACUCUACCAUGUUUUACAGACUUAUAUUAUUAGAGGUAGGAGUACGGGUCUAUUUUUGAAUAGUCAUUUUCUUUUUUUUUGUAAUAUAAGUAUUAUAUUAGUUAAAGAACAAGUAGUUAUUUAUGAGA